CGUGUGGUGGGCCCGAAGGGAAGAUUGGGCAGGGCACGCACCCUAUCAGCACCUCGCUCAACGUUAGCACUUUUAGACGACAGAACCUGAGACUGAACACAGCACGACCUGACGAGAAAGAAGUGAAUUCUGUCUUGUGUUCGUUGGACUAGAUCUAGAUCUGAUCUAUAAUAUCUAGGCUUGUGCCAUGCUCUAGAGUUUAGAGCGGUGCUGCUUCCAGCUCUGAAUCUCUUGACAAGCUGAAUAGUAUAUGAUAUUUUCAUCUUUUUAUUUGUUUUUACUUUGUAAGGUUUUUUUUUUUUUUUUGCUUAGUUUUGUUUUUAUUUUUGUGGAAGAAUUAGGCUGCCCUUCGUGUGUACCCAAACUGCUUUCUAGAUAUCUAGAUAGUUGGACUCAUUGCAAGGUGUCUUUUAGCCUACUUCAUAAAGGACAACUUUGUGCUGUCGAUAAACAAUUUAAUUUACUUUUCAACAUUAUAACUGAGUGUAUUCAACAUGGAGAUAUUACUGACCCCUGGCCUUAUUGGGAGGAGGUCGAGAGUCUAGCUACAGUCUCACGAGGCUGGACAUCCUGUUCUUUGGACUGUUUGGUGGUUAUAUCGAACUGAAAAGAAAGAACUUGAGAUACAGAGGAGAACCCCAGACAUGGCGACGUUCCUCACUCGUCUCUUACGCUCGGACAAAGCCGACAAGAAGGAGGAGAUAAAGCCAAAGGUAGAAAACCAACGUAAACGCCACACCCCGCCCUGCCCAGAGGGCAUCGAGGUUCGAGAAGGUUCCAGCUCCCUGGAGAAGCAGAAGAAAGUGCAAGAGAAACAGCCACCGUUACCGAGAAGUAAACAUGCUGAGAGGGUCUUGGCUAGGAGUCGGGCUGCGAAGGCCAAGGAAAAGACAUCAAGGAAUAAGAAUAAGAAUAAGAAUAAGAAGAAAAACGAAGGUAGAAAGAAGACGUCGGGAUUUGCGAAUCUAUUGUGUAUGGGCGGGAAUACAGACACCUUGGAUAGAACGCCUUUACCGUCACAAGCCUCUGCAAGAGGAGGUGGGGCACAGGGAAAGCGAAACAGAGAACGACCGGACGAGAGCGUUGUCGCUGCGGCAGAGUCAUCUCAGUUUUCGCAGAAGUAUGUCAAACGUCGUGAGAAAAAGGCGGGUGAUGAUAAAUACAGACACUCCGCCCCACCCCAGGGUUGGAACUAUGUGAUGGAAAACGGCGUGGUGGGCAACGCUGAGGAUGCUUCUCACGCUGCUCAUCUUGAGGAACAGCGCAGUCUCACGGCUUCUCCGGCCAGACUCCGGAUGGAUGGGACGCUGGAGAGACCCUACGUGUUUCCGGGUGGGCUGACCUUCCUGGCCGGGAGGAAAAACGGCAAAGAGUACCGGAUACAGUCGUGUGUGCUCACUCCGGAGGAGCAGGCGAGGCGAGACGUGCAAGUCGAUGUGCACGACACUGAUGAUGAGGUAGAAGCUCAAGGAUAUGAUGACUCCAGCAGACGGACAGAGAAUGUGACGGAGCAGGGCGAGAAGGAGGAUGGAGGAGGAGGAGAGUGGGACCCGAGUAGAGCUUUUUAUCUCAAAUACGACUCAAGCUACUUAUCACCGGACCUCGCCAGUCCUCGAAAUAGAAACGCGUUGCCCACCGGAUGGAGCGAUGACGUCACUUCCUCUCGAGGGGAGAACUCGCCUCGAGACUUCAACUCCAUGCACGAUUUUAGCACUUCUUAUGACAUUAACUCUUCGUGGGAUUCCCAAGCAGUUGAUGUGCCGCCGAUGUAUGAGACAACGAAACAGGAAUCUUCAACGUGUGCCGCUCUCAGUCCGACAACGGAGCAAAAGAAGAAAAGCAGGUACAGCCUUCCCCCAGAAAAUAUGUCUUACGUCUAUAUGGGAAGCUUCGAGAACCUGGGCGCUCUGACCGUGAGGAGAGACAAAGAGAAUCCUCUCGAUGGUGUAGAAACGGAAUAUUCUAAAAGUAAGAGAAGCGCUUCGAAUCAUUCCAUUGACAAAUACAAGAAUAAUAGCCGUUACAGUCUUCCACAGCGGAAUAUGGACUUCGUGUAUAUGGGCAGCUUUGAAGACAUCUCCUCUUUCGGUCUGACGUCGACGCUCAGAGAAUCAAAACGGAAGAAUUUCUGCUUCUCCCUGCCCAACAUUUCAAAAACAGACCCUGUUCUGGAUGAAUUUCCUACAAUUGAAAGUAGCAACUUGUUAGGCAGUGAAGAAAUGGGAUUUGCGUGUGGUGGAAUUUCCCGCAAUACAAAAGAGGUUGAGACGGGAUCAGAUUCUGACCCUGCUACACCUCCCAAAUUGCAAAAUUUGCAAAGCUCUCCAAACACAGUUGCUUCUGAUUCCGUUGUAAAAGACACUAACAAUACCCUCACCCUCGCUGUGAAAACAGAAUCGUCAAAAGACACUGCUGUCGGAGAUGGCUCACAAAGUGGUGACGAGGACACGCUAAGCCCACUUUCAGUGACAUCACCACGCCGCCAUUCCAGUCCAUUCUCAAGGAAUCUCGGCCGCGCAUCUUGUAAUCCUGGCAACAAACGGUUCCAGAUGGCACCCCCUCCCUGCCAUACUCCAGGUACAGCCAAAUUGUUCCACUUUCCACCCCCACCGUGUUACACCCCUCCGAAAGAAGAAAUGGAAGCAGUUCAGACACAAAUCUCGAAUUUACCUGAUAGAUCGUGUCACCAGGGCUCACAGACAGACCUCCACACUGGAAGUGAGGAUAUAGAGAUGGAGGAUAGAGACCUCAGUCUAAAGCGCGGUCUUGUCAAACGACUUUCGUCUAGUUUAGAGAAUCUGGCGUGGUCUCCUAUGUCUCUGCCAAAACCUUUGGUCACGGAUAUAGAUUCUUUCUGUACAGGUGACAGUAAUACAUUGCAAAGGAAAAAGCCGGAGCAGAAAAAAGAAAGUACUUCCACAGCAAACAAUCUCACACAUCACUCCGAGUGGCACAAUGGAAGCUCUGGUAACAAAAUGUCAGUGGUGUGCAGCAACGUUUCAAAUGGAGAAAUUGCAUGCCCUCUGGAUAAAAAUGCUUUAAUGAGUACCAAAAACGUAACAACCUCACAAACAACGAGUAUGGAAAGAUGUGAAAGCCAAAAUGAGACUAACAGAAAUAGCAUCGUUUCGAUAGCGUCCACUCUAAACACGAGACCCGGAAGCAACAGAGCAGCUUUGACGUCAACUCCCAGACAGCCGCGUCGAUCAGAGAGUAUGGGCGUGUCUUCACAAACUAGAGCCGAGUGGAGACCCACCCCAGCCCCUCGACGUCAGCGUCAGAGUGGCAGUGACUCCGCCCACAGUGACUCCGCUCACACCACAACCGUGGCGGAUGCAGCGUUCAAUCAAAACACAGCAGACAUUUCUCGUCCACUCGCCGUGCCCGUACCGCGAAAGAGGCAUCAGCUCAACCUCAAGGCCAGACCUCAAAGCGAAAUCCUUAGCCCAACAUUUCAGAUCACAAACACUGCAGAGGAAAACCCACCUUCUGACACCAGUAGUACUACUUUGCAAACUCUCGCCGAAACAACUGUGGUUCCUACAAAAACGACUCAAAAUAUAACAGAGAAAGAAACUAACUCUGAAAAGAGAAACGUAAACAGCCACUCAUCGAGUACAGACAAUACUCCUUUCGGCAACAUAAAGUUUUCGACCGUUACGUCCAUGAAAAAAUAUUAUGAAAAUGUACACCUCCCAUCCUCAUGUGAUACUCAGAAAGCCAGUAGAGAAGUUACCUCGACGUCCAGGGAAAUGAAUGACCACCACCACCACAUAUCGUCUUCAGAGAAAGCAAGCUCCUGUCUUUCCGAAAUAGUUACUCCCCUAGAAGAAAUGACCUUGACCUCUGUUUCCCAAAUGGGGUCAGAUUGUAAAGAAUCACAGAUUAAUGCCGACGAGGUGCUGAAGUCACCACUGGCGACUAGUGAAGCUGCCCGCUCAGGGGUGGGUAGAUUUCAAGGGGAGACGACCGAUGACGAAAACUGUGUGGCCGACGACGAAAUGAGUGCCCAAGAAGAUGACGUCAUUUCUGGGAAGAAAAGAGCGAGGGCUGCGCAAGACCUUCUUAGAAGUGGAAGUGUGUUGGACAGGUCCCUCAUUCUAGCCACCAAACACCGACUGAGAUCUCGAGACCGGAAAUGCAUGAGCCAAGUGCUCUCACCCACACAAGAUGGCGACGUGUUCUUUCCGGAAGGAGGGCCUUCCAGUCGGAGAGUGAGGUGGGCGUUGCCGGAAAUUGACAGAACUCGCGGCAAUAAGUCUGCAGACUCCGGAACUUACAGUGAUUUCAACUCACCUUGUGCCAGCCCUGACGCCAUGGGUUUCACCUUCCCGUCUGACUGCAACACCUUUUCUGAUGACGUCACAGAAACCCGCGACGACGAUGACGUGAGAGAGUCCCGCCUAAAGCGUCAGAGAAGCGUCCAGCACAAGUCGUGGGAAGUUCGCCUGAGAAAACGGCACUGGUUGCGCCGAGCGGUGUCGGGGGAGGAUUUGAGCCGUAUACCUUCUGAGAUUGUCUGUGGAGAGGAUGGUACCUUGGAAACCUUGGUUUAAACCUGGCAUUACUCUGUUUUUAUAGUUUUUGUUGUGAAAUAUUAAUUGUAAAUAGGUACGCUAAUUUUGGAAUGAAUUACGUUAAUGUUAGACUAUAGCAAAGGUAUGUUUUGUUCUUGUAAAUUUACUGGCAUGCUUCGCUCAUUCUGUAAAUUAAAUCGCUAUCAGCCUGAUCAGCUAUUUCAAAUUAUGCUUUAUUUACGGCUUAUUGAAUUGAUCACCAUUCCGACAGUAACUUGAAAUCGAGCUGUAUACCUUUUCAUGACCUUCAAGAAGUUUACCUCUUAGUUUGUUUUAGUUUUAGUAGAGGUUUCACGGCGCUCGCAACUGCAUAUGGUCAUAUGAGCGCCU